UCGUUUGAAGUACCUUGAAGUUCAUGUUGAAGUGUUAGAACCUCCUGUCUCACAACUCGUAUAACCAUGGACGUCGGCGAGCUUAUUGAUAUCCUCCGGGCCUACACAGAUCCACACCAGCGAGAGACGGCGGAGAAACAACUCGAGCAGGUACACAAAAUCAUCGGCUUUGCACCGUCCCUGCUGCAAGUUGUGAUGACCGGCAGCGUGGAAAUGCCUGUGCGUCAGGCAGGCGCCAUCUACCUGAAGAACCUGCUAGUCCAGUUCUGUCAAGAAAAAGAGCCACCACCACAGCCACAGCCGCUGCCAUUUCACAUUCACGAGCAGGAUCGAGCCAUGGUGUGCAAAGCACUCGUUGGCGCCAUGGUGCACGCACCCGAGCUGAUCCGCGUGCAGCUCUCGUCCUGCCUUGGCUGCGUGCUCAAGAGCGACUUUCCAGGACGAUGGAUGGGUGUCGUGUACAAAGUCAUUGUCUAUCUGCAAUCACCUGAGAGUGCCAGCUGGGCGGGUGCUCUGUUGGCCCUGUACACAUUUGUCAAGAACUACAAGUACAAGCCCGAGGAGCAAGAGCCUCUGCGUGAGGCGAUGCAGCUGCUGCUGUCGUUGCUGCAGCAGCGCCUGGCGCAGCUGCUGGCCGACCAGUCGGAGACCUCUGUGCUCCUGCAGAAGCUAAUCCUCAAGAUCUAUUCUGCGCUUGUCCAGUACCACUUCCCAUUGGGACUCAUCUCGCGCAAAGUGUUGACGCAGUGGAUGGAGCUUCUGGCAGUCAUCCUCUUCAGACCGGUGCCCGAUGUGGCAAACGAAGUGGACGAAGGUGAACGACCUGAGCUUCCUUGGUGGAAGUGCAACAAGUGGGCCCUCCACAUCGUCAUACGCAUCUGUGAGAGGUAUGCCAGUGCUGGAUUUCAUAGUAAGGAGUUCAGAGAAUUUGCAGACCUCUUCAUCAAUCUACGCAACAAGCGAAUCCACCUAGCAGUGAUCCGUUUGUUGCACCAGCACCUGCACCAGCACCUCUACAUCCCACCUAGGGUUGUUCAACUUCUGUUCAAGUUCAUCUUGUUGGCUUUGCUGUUUUUCCAAAUUUCUAGAAGCCCUACAACGGGCACACAAACCCAGCCAGUAUCAGCCGAGGAUACGCCGGCAACUUCCGACAUGAUCUAGUCGGCCAGGAACGACGCAAUAGACCAAAUGCAGGCCACCGGUGAAGAGGUCCUGCAAGGGAAACAGUAAUGGCCAGUAGGGCGAGGCAUGACGGGCUACUUGCAAGGCUUGUUGUGGCUGCUAUAGAAAGUUAUUUUGCUCACUGUCCUUGGCAGACAGUUGAUGACAAGUAUUCUAAUUUCUUUGCCGUUGAAUCCGAUUUGUUUUUGUAUCUAUUCACCAAGAACUUUCACCGUAUAAGUAUGUGAUAUUUUUGUUUGCAAUAAAUGUAUAUGA